AUGUAUCAUGACAUCAAAUUCCUCUUGAUUUCGGCCAGUUAACGAUCGUUUUUUAAAGGAUAAGCAAACUGAUAUGAUUUCUAUCAUGAUAUAUGAUAACCAUCCUUAAAUUCAUUCCUAUUCAAGAUGGGCUCUAUUGUUUGUCAUGCACUGACGGAGUUUCCCCUAGACAUUGCCACUACGUAAUGAAAUGCAGCGAAGGAGAGGUAUGCAUCACGAAGAGCCAUUUGUCAAAGAACGGACUUGUUGUGUUUGACACUGGAUGUCUAAGCAUUGAGAAAUGCCAUUCAGGACAAAUUAAUGUUAGUGAUAGUCACCAACUACAACAGGCCGUUGAUCAACGAACUAUAUGUUUUGAGUGCUGCUCUUCUGAUCUCUGUAACCAGAAAGGCUGCGGGCAGAUAGGUUAUCCAUCCCCUCGUGGACCGGUUUGUUUUAACUGUCCACAAGUUUCUAAUCCAACACUUUGUGAUAAGAUCAAGGUUUGCGACAAAUCACAGGAAUGUUACAUCCAGAAAGAAGAGGAGUUUGGUGAUAUUAUCUACUCAUCAGGCUGUAUAAGAAAACAUUCUUGUAGAGCACAUACUGACAUUUUUGGGAAGAGAAAUGCUGAACAUUGUUUCCAGUGCUGUUCGUCGGAUUUAUGCAAUGCCAACUGUGAUGCCGUGCCACAUUUAUCAACAACUCCUUCUACCACUGUGAAAACGACAACUGCAGCUCCACUACCCAGAGGUUGUCUUGGAAAGGAGUUUCUUGUUUUGUUUAUGCAAAACCACGAGAGCGCAAAUGAGUCUUUGUUAGUAGACAUCACUACAGCCGACACUUCAUAUAUGCACGUAACGAGUUCUCCUAAACUGAACCAAACUAUGAAGGUUAUAAUAGACAGGAACCUUUUAUUUACUUCAUAUGCAAACUUUACCUUUCCAUUCGAUAUGGCCUGCCACGAGUCAGUAACUGAAUACAAAGCGGUCAUUAUAAGGACUACAGAGUUAACCGGUGUAACAUCGUUUGACUCAAAUGACCCAUUUACAAAUGACGGAACCUUGGUUAUUCCUACACACAAAUUAUCGACUGAAUAUCUUGUUUCAGCAAUUGAUGGAAUUAAUGUAGGACCAUAUCAUGCAAGUCAAUUUGCCAUUGGGAUUUUGCACAACAAUACUCAAUUGAGUAUUACAUUUAGAAUCAAGGACAACAAACCUAUAACUAUAGAUGGAGUAAUGUUUUGGUCAGGAGGCGUUUAUAACAAGAGUUUUGACGAAUUAGAAACCUUCCAAGUACGUCACGGGAGUGACCUAACUGGAACUUACAUUAAAUCUAAUAAACCUGUUGCAGUUUUUUCUGGAAAUGAAUGUCUGGACUCUUCUUAUUCAAUGUGUAGUCACACGGUAUCACAGUUACCACCGAUUGACCAGUUUGAUAACGAAUACAUUAUCCCAUCAUUUUACAAUAAUUCGGGAACCCUUAUACAAGUGUUGAGUCCGUUUGAUAGUAAGGUAAACAUUACUAUUGGAACCAAUAUAAUAUCCAUGUUGCACCUGACUGAGAAGGAAUACAAGAAUAUUAAAGUUACAACGAAUGAGGUUACAAUCGUGAAAUCAAAUCGUACUGUUAUGGUGACAGGAUAUGCUAUGGGUUCCUCUUCCAAUGAUCCCUACAUGACAGUUAUCCCAGGGGUUCAUCAGUAUCUUGACUACUACAAAAUCGUAAUACCCGACAAGUACAGAGACAAUUACCUUUGUGUUAUUAUCCCAACUGGAUCAUUUAACAAUCUUCAUAUAAACCAAACUCCUGUUGGUCAAUUUGGCAUAGUGUAUCAAUGGUCGGUUAUUUCGUCAGGUAAAUCAUUUGAUGUUCGAACUAUUCUAGUCAAAGAAGGUGUUUAUACCCUAGGGACCACAGAUCAGGUCCCGUUUGGACUCAUUGUGUACGGUCAUAGGAUUAAUGAUGGCUAUGGAUUUGCAGGAAAUUUUGUUUCACCUUAA